AUGCGAAAGACCUUUGCAAAAGAUCAAAUGGUUUGGGCUAAAAUUCGCGGGUAUCCAUGGUGACCAUCCAUAGUAAUUUCUAAUAAGAUAUCUGAGAUUGAAGAGGUUGAAGAUGAAGAUACCGGGAAAAUUACUCAGCGACAGUUUUUUGUGAAUUUUAUUGGUGAAAAUUCGAGGUAAUUGAUAGAUAGCUCAAUACUUCCUAUUACAAGUAUAUGCGACUAUAAAGAAAACUACGAUAUUUAUUCAUCUUCCAAAAAUAAAGUAAAAUUUACCUAGUAUCUACUCAAGAGCAUUGAAGUUGCAAAUGCAUUUUUUAGAGGAAAAACACCUAUCGAAAGCCUAAGCAAAGUCAAUAGUGAUAUCAAUCAGCCAGCUUUUCAUCGGAAAAGAAAGGACUCUGCUAUAAAGGCCGAACCUAAUGAUCUGUCAACUGAAUUAAAAAGCAUUGAAAAAUCUUUAGAUUUAAAAAUUUCUGAAAAUAAUUUUGACUCAAAGGAUGAUAAUCUUUCUAGCUUACUUGUAACAAUCAUUUAGAACAAGAUUAUGAAGAUCGAAAAAGUAAUCAGCGGAUUUUUAUAUUUGAAUUCCCAUGCGACUAAGAAUGAGUCUAUGACGGCUCAGAAUCUUUAUAUAUAUUUUCAAAUGCUUUUAGAGAUCGAGCCUACCCUAUCUUUAUUAAAAUCUUGUGAUAUUUUGAAAUCUGUUAAACUGUUUAAAGAAGAAUUUAUUGAUAAUUCUGAUCCUAGCUUAAGAAAUCUUGCAAAGCUAGGGCAUAAGCUUUAUUUAUAUUGGAAAAGAAAGAUUAUUGGUGAGAGAUUGGGAAUAAGUGAGAAAAUUAAAGUGCCAAGAAAAGAAUAUAUACUCAAUUUUUUAAUUAAUUAUAUCAAAUAAAAUCGCAUUUUCUCUAUUCAAUGCAAAAUAUUUCAAUAAAAAUUAACUUUUUUGAUUAAAUUCUUAUAAAAGUAUAAGUUUUCUGAUAACUCUUCAUUUGAAAGUUUGCCAAAUAAGGAAAUGAAGAAAGAAGAAAUCAAAGAAGCAAUAGUCCCAGCACCAAAGCCAAAAGCAGAAGAAAAACAGCCUGCCCCAGAAGAGAUAGCACAAUUGCCUCAGCCAAAAAGUACUAAAAUAGAACAAGAAGUCUAUGAUGUCCCAGUAUUAAGUAACCAUGGAUCAAGCACUGACGAUUCUGUUGCCAAUCCUGAUCUAAGAAAGCUUGCUUGCAGAAAAAUAAUAAAAAUCCUAAUGCAAAACCGUUUCGAGCGGAACAAAGCUGAAGAACUCACCCUCAUUAUUGAAAAUAACUUGAGAAAAAAAGACCCUUCCAUGAAAUCUCAAUAUAGAAGAUUUUUUAAGAUGAUGAUUAAAGAUAUCAGAAACCUUAAUAGGGAAAAUUAUGAUAAAUCUAAUAAUCAAUCACUGGAUAUACAAUAA